AGAGGCGAAAAUCCCAUAAGUCCAGACAGAAGCGAGAGUCCCUCUUCCCAACCAUUCCCUCCGCCCGUCCCUCCCGUUCAUGGCGGAGCAAUAGAUAUAGACGGAUUCCUCUACACAGCCAGAGCGCUGAUCAUUGUAAGACGCCAACACAAGCAGCAACGCCGGAGACGGCGUGGGAGAGAGAAUCCAGAGGAACCCAAGCAAGAGAGGAGGGGAGGGGUUGUUGUAGGAAGAGCAGGUUUUGGGGGGCGGCAAGAUGAGCACGGUGGACAAGAUGCUGAUCAAGGGAAUCCGGAGCUUCGGCCCGGAGAGCAAGAACGUCAUCACCUUCUUCAGGCCCCUCACCCUCAUCGUCGGCUCCAACGGAGCCGGCAAAACCGUAAUGCCCACCAAUCCAAUCUACUGCAUCCUAGUAGUAUAUUCCACUAUGUGGCGAGCGUAUGCACCGGCCGGCACAUUCAUGGCUUGGGUUCUUUUGGAUUCCCGCAGACGAUCAUCGAGUGCCUGAAGCUGUCCUGCACCGGCGAGUUGCCCCCCAACUCCCGCUCCGGCCACACCUUCGUCCAUGACCCCAAGGUGGCAGGUGAAACCGAAACGAAAGGGCAGAUUAAGCUGCGGUUUAAGACAGCAGCAGGAAAGUAUGUGGUGUGCAUCCGCUCUUUCCAGCUUACCCAGAAGGCAUCAAAGAUGGAGUUUAAGGUAAUCGAGAGCGUCCUCCAGACCAUAAAUCCACACACGGGCGAGGUCCCCUUUUCUAACUAUAAAGAUGAUGUUUAACUUGAUGUUAUUUAUA